CCUAGUCAUUAUUUAAAUACCACACUUGGCGCUGCCUGCCAGUCUUCUGCUGCGAGGGAUCAGAGUUUGAUGUAACAACACGCCCGUCCAACAAUCUGAAAAGCCCGAGCCAGCGUCCCCAGCGGAUUAUGAACGCCUUUGGACAGCAGGCUCCGCCGAAUGCUUCCCCCCUCCAGCUCCCCAACGCACAGGAGAUAUUGGACAUGGCUCUGUACUGCGACAACUUCAGCAUGUACCCGCAAAAUCUGCACCAUCACCAUCCUCAGCGAACCUCUGCCCACCCAUCGGGCUAUGGGCUGGCCGAUUACACUUCCCCGACCACCAACCCUUACCUCUGGCUCAACGGACCGGCCAUUAACUCUCCUCCUUAUCUUCCAGGGAGCCAUGGAGCGGCUUACAUCCCGUCCGGGUACGGGACGGGCCAGCGCCAAUUCCUGCCGUCCCCCGCUGGGUUCGGGGCAGCCGAGCUGGGCUGGUUGUCCCUGCCAAGCCAGCAAGAGCUUUUCAAAAUGGUUCGCCCUCCUUACUCCUACUCGGCGCUCAUCGCCAUGGCCAUCCAGAACGCCGGCGACAAGAAGCUGACGCUGAGUCAGAUCUACCACUACGUGGCUGAGAAUUUCCCCUUUUACAAGAAGAGUAAAGCGGGCUGGCAAAACUCCAUCCGCCACAAUCUCUCCUUAAACGACUGCUUCAAGAAAGUUCCUCGGGACGAGGAUGAUCCAGGUAAAGGUAACUACUGGACCUUGGAUCCCAAUUGUGAAAAAAUGUUUGACAAUGGGAAUUUCAGGAGGAAGAGGAAACGCAGAUCCGACCCCACAGGUUCCAGUGGUCACGUCGCUGGCGAUAAGACUGACGACGCCAAUGGUGGGAUCAUUCGACCUUCAGACACAGUCAGUGUCUUGGGAUGCACUACCCCUGGACUGGAGAACUCUCCCGGCACUGCGAGCGAUUCCAAACCCUCUCCUCCACCAAGCGUACAAUCCAAUUCCUGCUUCACCAACUUUGGGACUCAUAUGAGUUCCAUGAUAAGUGGAAGCAAUGGGAUGAACAGGCCGGUUUCCUCGGGCGGACUGAUGGGAGACUUAUCACAAGGCAGGCAAAGUCUAUCCAGACUCAAUUCAUAUUCACCUUCGCAGAGUUCAAUACACAACACCGUCGACAUCCACAAUCGACUGAAUUACUAUCAAUCUACUGUUCCAAAUCAACAAAGUGGACUAAGCGCCCCUCUAUGCAACUUCAGCGUCAAUAAUCUUAUCUACAGCAGAGAGGGAACAGAGGUUUAACCCGGAAAAAUUGAGAUACAUAACGUUGAAAAUCUUGAUAGAAACAGCGAAAAGACUAUAAUAACAUGUAACUAAGAUGGUUAGUGUAGUUUGGUACGAAUGAAUUGUUCUCGUGUGUUAAGUGCCCUUAUUAUUAACGUGGAGGAUUAAUGCAACUAUGUUUACCUUUAACUGGCCUUUCGUCUCAAAUCAUUUGUUUACACAAGAAACUAUGCAGAAUGAUUUUAAAAGGCUGGAUUGUCAAGCGAACACUGUUUCAAACAUAUGGAUGGCAAAAAAAUGCACCGUAGCACAUAAAUACAUUAAUUUUGCAGAUUAAUGCGUUAUGUCUCCGGCAGUCACAGUUUUAGGGGCGAAAAUCUUCUCAUUGUCGCUAACGGAGGGGUACAUCUGUUUUUUUCUAAUGCUGAAAUACUAAUUUUCCGAAUUAAUAUUUAAGGAUGUACUUAUUAGGCCUUGCGUUCACUAAACAACUUAAGUGACCUGUGUAUAUUUAGCACUGUGAUUUUGUUUUGUCUGAUAAUUUGACACCGUCCUGCUAAAGUUAUGUCGCAACAUGUCACUUGUAUCUACUGUAUUGAAGCUCACAUUCUUUUCUUUUCGAUUUACCAAUUAAACAGUUUACCU